AUGAACGGCUAUGUUGCCAGUCCAGACCUUCCUCCACCUCCUCCACCCAUCUAUGUCCGAGCCCUGUACAACUAUGAGGCGGACGACCAUACCAGCCUCAGUUUCCGACAGGGUGAUAUCAUCCAGGUUUUGACACAACUUGAGAGUGGCUGGUGGGACGGGGUGAUAAACGAUGUUCGGGGCUGGUUCCCGAGUAAUUAUACCGUUGAAAUAACCGAUCCCAGUGAGCUGAGGGGGUCAGGCCCUGGAGGCCACGAUGAGAGCGAGACUAGUACAGGGUCGGGAACUGAGGAGGAUUAUGACGAUGAAGAGGAGGAUUCAGACGGGCGCACUCAAGACGAUGAUUCUGACUUUCCAAUCGAAGGGGCUAGCACCCAGACACAAGAAGAGGCUGCGUUCUGGGUCCCUCAGGCCACUCCGGAUGGACGACUGUUCUAUUUCAACACGCUGACAGGUGUCAGCACAAUGGAACUGCCCUUAGAGACACCUACGAGUUCAGAUGAGCCUGGUCCUCGAGAUCGCAGUCAUUUCCACGUGCCGGAACAGACCAGACCGCCCCCAGAAAUGAUGGCAGGAGGGUAUGGGCAGAAUGAGGAGGAUUAUGACGGUUCCGCAUCUGAGGCUGAUGGUGAACAGUCUUUUGUCUCUUCACGCAAAAAGGGUUCCGUGACUUCUAGUAGCAUCUCCACCUCCACUUCUAUGGAUUCCUUCGAUGUAAGCGCCGGCCAACAUACAGGCAACCAAUUGCCCAACACAUUCACUGGCACCUUUGGUUCUACCGGUAUCUCGAUGACGCUGCCUCCUCCUGAAAUGACAGCCACCUCCUUCACUGUACCUCCGAAGCCGAAGAUUACUAAAUCUCCCACAGCAAGAUACUUUUUGGAUGGCACCACCGCAGCCUCUAUUACUUGGGAGACUUUGGUCGAGAAUAUGCGAACUGCAAUUGACGCAUACCGGCAUGCGAUCCGUACCCACGCCCGUGCCGACUACGUUCGGAGGGCAGAAGACAUCUCGGAUCAUCUCAGAAUGCUCCUUGCCGCAGGCUCAGGCACAACUGACAAUCACUCUGGUGUCCCGUCCAUCAUAUCUUCCAACAAAGCACUCUACCCCCAUUUCCGCGAGAUGAUGUCGAAGUUUUCGAAACUUGUCCUGUCGUCACACAUCGCGGCCGCCGAUUGGCCGAGUGCAGACGCUCUAACAAAAUGUUUGCAAGAGGCGGACGGUGUGAUGAACGGUGUCGACGGGUAUGUCGAGGUGGCAAAGCAGCAGCGAGGUAAGGAGAUACCACGGUUGUUUCCUGGUUUCAUCUUGGGGAGCAAUAUCGGGGGAAGCUGGCGGGACAACAACAAUGACAGCCGAGCAAAUCUCGAAGAGGUCUCGUUUAUGGAUUCGAAUGACGAACUUCGACCACGCCCUUUCGUCCCACUCGACGCCCAACUGCUACAUCAGAUCGAUGACUCGAAGAAGCACCUGGUGGCGAGCAUUCGCCGACUGGAGGAGUCACUUCUGUUGACUGAGAAGAUUGUGACACCGGCACGACAGUCCACAAUUGGUGACACUAUUUGUCACGCAGCCAGCGUUGUUAUCGAACACUUUCGGCCGUGGAUUACACACAUCGAAUCAAUCGACUUCUCGGUCCUGGGAAACGUGUUUCAGAAACCGUCACUGGUUGAUUUUGGGGCACAAAAGCAAAAGGCCUACGACUCGAUUGGUGAAUUGAUAAAUGUCUGCCAGGCAGUUACAGCACCACUCCCGGACGAAUGGGCCGAAUUCCGAGGCGAGCCUCUGGAUGUACGCAUGAACAAUGUUCGAGGCGCUUGCAAGCAACUCGACACUCUUGUCUCGAACAUUGGGUACGCUCUCCAGCUCCUACUUCCAGCAACCUCGUUGAACCCACCCAGACCGACAAGCAAACGAGAUCACCGCAUGACCGACGGUGGCGAAACAUACCAGGCUCAUCAUCUCAGAGGUGAUUCCGCCCACGCUGCGAACAAUCGUCCUGCUUUGGCGGACCUCGGCCAAUCCAAGUCAUACACGCUGGGUCAAGAUCCAGCAUUGCCAGACAAGCUUCGUCGUCCUCCAACCAAAGACAAAGCGAGCCAAUUUUUUGGGCAGAUCCCGCCGGAUCUGGCACAGCUUGAAACUGGUAACGUGGAGUCAAGCUUUCCUGUGGAUGAGGUGCCUUGGUAUCUACAGCUUGACCAUGCAGAUGAAGUGACAUAUGACACAAAGAGCGAGCCGCCGCAGGUCAAAAGCGGCACGCUGACCGGGUUGGUUGAACAGCUCACUCGCCACGACCGCCCCGACACGAAAUUCACAACCACCUUUCUGCUCACCUAUCGGUCCUUCACAACCGCGUCUGAAUUGUUCGAGCUUUUAGUGCAACGUUUCAAUCUACAGCCCCCGGCUGGCUUGAACAGAGACGAGUUCCUCAUCUGGGAGGAGCACAAGCAAAAGCCGGCCCGGUUUAGGGUACUGAACAUUCUUAAAACCUGGCUGGAGCUGUAUUGGAUGGAGAGUGACGAUGAUGCCUGCAAGGCCUUGCUUGAAAAAAUCCAGGCCUUCGCGAAGAGUACACACAUCAGCACCAAGAUCGCCAAGGUGGUAGUUAAUAUCGUUGAACAACGACUGAAGGGAGGAGAAACGUCUUCGAAGAGGCUGGUUCUCACAGUUACAAACUCUGCACCUACACCCAUCCUACCGAGGAAUAUGAAGAAAAUGAAAUUCCUCGACAUCGAUCCUACCGAGUUUGCCAGACAGUUGACGAUAAUUGAAUCGAAACUGUAUGGGAAGAUCAAACCGGUCGAGUGCCUGGCGAAGACAUGGGAGAAGAAGGGCAAAUCGGAUAACAACGAUACUGCGCCGAAUGUGCAGGCGUUGAUUCUCCAUUCUAAUCAGUUGACGAACUGGGUCGCGGAGAUGAUAAUACAGCAAUCCGAUCUCAAAAAGAGGGUUGUCAUCAUCAAACACUUUGUGGCAAUCGCAGAUAAAUGUCGAUUAUUGAACAACUUCUCGGCCGUGACGGCGAUCAUCUCGGCCAUGGGCACAGCACCGAUACUGCGACUCAAUCGCACAUGGCAUCAGGUCAACCCCAAGACCAGGGCAAUGCUGGAGUCGAUGCGCCAACUCAUUUCUUCGUCGAAGAAUUUUGUCCAAUAUCGAGCAACACUGCACGCUGCGACACCUCCCUGCAUCCCUUUCUUGGGCGUCUACUUGACCGACUUGAUUUUUAUCGAGGAUGGCAUUGCGUCCCUUGUGAAGAAUACCGAAUUCAUCAACUUUGCUAAACGGACCAAAACCGCCGAAGUUAUCCGAGAUAUUCAGCAGUAUCAAAAUGUGCCUUACAGCCUCAACUCUGUGGCAGAGUUGCAAGAUUGGAUUUCCGACAACAUGAAAAGCGCCAGGAACGUACAAGACUUGUACAAUGAGAGCUUGAAGAUCGAACCCCGCGAGAAAGAGGAGGACAAGAUCACCCGUCUACUAUCAGAAUCAGGUUUUCUAUAG